UGCCGUGGAGCAAUGGAGCAGUCUACGAUACAGUGGUUAGGUGCUCCCAGCUGUUUGAGGGGUUCUUUUGCCUUUUAUAAGUCGGUGGGAUGCAAGUCCGAACAGGGAGCCCCCCCUCGCGUAUGGAGGCUGGGAGAGUUCUACUUUGUACGCUGUGGCCCUCAGGAACCUGUGUGUGUCGCAGAGGUAACUCUGCUCUGGGAAGACCAAACUCGGCGCCACCUGCUGGCCAGUUCCAGACUUUAUUUCCUGCCUGAGGAUACUCCCAAAGGCAGGACUGGGGACCAUGGAGAGGAUGAAGUCGUGGCAGUGUCGAAGAAGAUCGUGGUCCGAGUGGAGGAUCUGGUGAAGUGGACUUGUCCGGAACCACCACACUGGAAGGGCGGGUGUCAAAAGAGCAACGGACUACACAAGUCCGACGGCCUGUCCACAGGUACGGAACCCCUGGAGACCAAAAGUGAAGGUAAGUAUGGUGCCCAUGUAGAACAGCAGAGGGUUAGGGUACUCAGCUACCCCCAGUACUGCCGCUUCCGUUCCCUGCAAAAACGGGUCCAGGAUCAGGAUGGAUACCUGGGCUUGCAGGACCCUCAUCUGUUGGCUUUGGGAGGUCUCAAGGUAGCACAGCCGAACACACGGAUUCUCUACUGCAGAGACACCUUCAACCACCCUACUUUGUACAACAACGCCAGUGUCCUCACACAACUGGGAUGUUCCUCACUCAGCCUGAAGGGGAGACCUCGAAAAAGAAGAGGAAGAGACAGUAAAGGGCUGGAGCAGCCGAGCUUCAACCAGUCUGAGUCAUGGAUGGAGAAAAUGAAGGAGAAUGUGAUGGGAAGCGUGGAGAUGCGCUGGGAAGGGGGAUGGCUCCCCCAUCCUGAGGAGCAACUGUUUCUGGACCAGCUCUUUGCCUUCAUGGAGCGCCGUGGUUCUCCCAUUAGCAAAGUGCCUAAUCUGGGUUUCAAAAAGAUUGACCUGUUUCUCAUGUAUUCUGUGGUCAAAAGACUCGGGGGUUAUGAGAGGGUGACAUCCCAGAGGCUUUGGAAGACUGUGUACAAUGAGUUGGGAGGCAACCCAGGCAGUACCAGCGCUGCCACCUGCACAAGAAGGCAUUACGAAAAGCUUAUGUUGCCUUAUGAGCAGCACCUGAAAGGAGGAAGCCCAGAGCUCACCAAGCCCAAAGCUUCCACCGGGAAUACGAUUGUCCGAAAGCCUGGAAGGGGUAAAGGAGAAGAGAGCGCUGUGAAGAAUAGUAAAGUCACGGAACAAGCAACAACAUCAGAUGUUGUAGUGGUGCGCAAGAGGGGAAGACCCCCUGGCAAACGGAAUGCUAAGCUCCUGGCCAAAGCCAGUGUGGGAAGACCACCUUCCCUACGGGCUAAACGUGACUUCAACCAAGUAGAGAAAUCACAUUCUGAACCCUCGACUCCUCACCCAUCAACUGUCUUCCAGGAACUGAAACAUAACAAUAUUCCUCUAACCUCAGGCCUGUCCUCUGUAUCUUCUCCACCUAUCCCCCAUCCACCACAACAGGAACAAGGCCGUCAAACAGAGCAGGUGGAGGCUCAAACUCCAUCCCUGAUGGUCCCGCCCUCCCAGAACCAAGCAGGGGGCUCUCUGGGUGGCUUCAGUCCCACCAAAGGCCUGUGUCCCCUGGAUCUGUUCAGAACACGACUGGGCCUCAGUGGAGUGGUGGAAAGUCCUGGGAUAACGCCGCAAGACCCGGCCACCUUCCUCCAGACACUCCUGUUCAGCCAACCCAAGACUUACAGCCCCGAGACUCCUGAGAGUUUCAAGCAUCAGUGCAUGGGAUGCAGGGCAGAGGAUUCAACCCAGCUAUGUCAGACCUCCAGGCCUCCCCUACCACCACUACGGAUCCUCCCAUUGGAUAUUGACUGCAGCCUGCAGGUGCGACAGCUGAUGCGCACACGCUUGGGUUCGACGCAUAUGAGCUCCUUUACCAAGCGACUGUCCGAAGUUUUGGCACAGGAUAUUGGCAAAACUUGCCCACCGGACGGCCUACCUUUGCCCGUGCCUCCUGAACAAGCCGUCCCUCUCAACCUUAGCAAACGGGCCACGGUCAAGAGGCCGGCUGAUGACACAAAGCUCAGGGAAGCUUUGCCUUAUCAGCCACAUGGAGACACGGCUUCAGUAAGGGCUAAGAGGUUGAAGCUGGAGCCUGAGGACCUCAGUCUCCCUCAGAAACGGAAUGGAUGUCUGUAUGGGUUUCCGGCGACCCAGGACCAGCCGGCUGACUUGAGCUCACCCUGCCGGGCCAGGGCUUUCCUACCGGACCAGACCGAACAAGGUCUGACCAUUUUUCCUAGAAGCAAUCUAAUUCCCUCAUCAGACAGUCAAACUAGUAGCAUCCAUGGUGCUUCACAUGGCCUCCCUGUAGCUCAUGCUCCUCAUGUGCCGAAACAAGAUGUUGAAAAUUCUGAUGCAAAUGCCGUUAUGUUGAAACCAGAAGAUGCCUCUCCGUGCAGGACAGAGCCAGAACGACCACAGGUCAGUCAGAUAUCAGAACCAUCCCCUAGCAGCGAUGUCACCGACCAGCCGGUGGCCUUUGAUGAUGUCAAACCCAAAUCCGACGUGGUGCCUUCACUCAAAGAACUUCCGAGCUCCCUUCUGUCCCAGCCAUCUCAAAGCUGCUAGUGGGAAAACCUAGAAUGUUCACUUACUUUUUUUCAGCAAGAGUACAAUCACUCCAUUCCUCUUCACUGCCAGUUCUGCAAGUGUAUGUUGAUCAAAGAGAGAGAGAGAUGCCAGUGCUCAGUAAUCUGUUAAAUAUGUGUGUUUUGAAAACACUGCCAGUCCUUGACUUGACACUAACCUUUAAAAGUGUUCCCUCAGACUGCAUACAUUUGUGCAGCUUGAGUUCUUCAAGACGUGUGGUAUUAGUAAGUCAAACAAUCAUUUGAUCAUUUGGUCAGCCAAAUAAACGGACAUUUCGGUUUUCUCACUGAAAACGUUUUGU